AUGGAGAACUCGCGUGUGGCCGCUGCUCAUUCACCGAGCGAAGCGUCCAUGAUCAAGAAUUUGCUGCCUCCAGAGCUCAAUGGCCAUGUGGCCUUUAGCGUGCAGCAGCAGCAACCCGUGGCCCAGAAGAAGCGUUGGCUGAGCCAGCGCUUUACCAAUCGUCUCCUUCUCCUGACCGUCAUUUGGCAGAUUCUCAACAUCUCCAUCCUGACCUUGGUGGACAAAAAUCUGUCCAGCGAUGAGGCGCUCAAGCACCCCACGGCCGACGAACCAGCCUUCGUGGCCGGCAUUGCCAUCAUGGUGUUCUUCCAGGCUGUGCAAGUCGUGGUGACGGUGGCAGCGAGCGUGAAGCUUGCCAAGCAGAUCAUGCACAACACGGCCAGUGACAGCUUUAUUGUGCAAUCCUAUCUCUCCACCGUCCUUCUUUAUGCCGGCGUGUAUACCUUGAUCCAUCGCCUCGAUUACUCCUCGUUUGCCGGUAUGGAGGAAAGCAUUCAAGAUGUGACACGGGAUGACUACGUCUUCCUCUCCUUUUGCAAGCUCCUCUACUUUAGCGUAGCCACCAUGACUUCCACCGGGUUUGGAGACAUUUAUAGCGGCAAAUGGUACAUGGACCUGGUCGUGGUCACCGAGAUGCUGUUGUCGGUCGUGUAUAACGUGACAAUUUUUGCGCGUGGUAUCGUGGUCAUUGGUCAGCGUUCGGCGGGGCGAGCCAACAAUGAGCCUCGCCCACACGACGGGCAACGAACGGCCAUGCAGUCGACGACCUCCUUUACCAACUCGGUGUUCCAGGACACUCACGCUUCCAUGCUGGAUCAAUCUGUGAGCGAUGAACGCGCUCCUUUGUUGUCUGUGGCCGCGCAUGCCUGA